AUGGACCUUGCUGUAUUUUGCUCCCGAUUUAACUGUAAUAUUUAUCGGGGCGGCGUGCGCUUAUGUUUACAUCGAGAUAGGCCGAAACCGACCCAAGUCCUGUUCGCUUGUCAGAAACGGCGGCUCGCCAAAAGAGUCGCUGCACCUAUUGCCGACCGCCUAAAUUCCCACGACGCGCGACAUCCCAGCUUGCGCAACAUCGCAGGCGCGCGCUGCCCACGGCCCACGAUGAGCUCGAAGACCCGAAAGCGCUCUCGCUCUACUCCGGACGGCCACGCCCCUCCUGAUGGUACCGUCAUGGACGAGAAUCUUGCCGACUGUUUCUUCACCAUUACCGUUGUCCCAGAGCCGAAGCCCAGCGACAGAGAUGGCUCUAAGUCGAAGAAGAGGAAGCAUGAUAAACCCGAAGAGGACACCAAUAAAAAGUUUCAGACGCAGAAUGCUGUCUUCCAUCCCGAAGGCAAAUUCAAGACAAGCCACUCCUUAAAGCUCUGCUACACCGUAAAUCCCAGCAAGCAAUGGCUCGAUAUGACGCGCUACAACAGCUUCAUUCUCAAGGGCGUCAAGUAUAAUUUCGUCCGUGUAACGACCGAGGCAACCAUGGAACGACAAAACUCACUGCUUGCCGGCGCUAGCAAAGUUGACAUGAAGGAAAACUACUGGGUGGCCCGGAUAUUGGAGGUUCGGGCCUCGGACGAGCAUCACGUAUACGCCCGCGUGUAUUGGAUGUACUGGCCUGAGGAGCUGCCUCUGGGUACUCUGGAUGGCAAGAGGCGAAUCGCUGGUCGUCAACCAUACCAUGGACGGCAUGAGCUGGUCGCUUCCAAUCACAUGGAUAUUAUCCAUGUUGUUAGUGUCGAAAUGGGCGUCAACGUCAAACAGUGGAUCGAAUCGAACGAUGACGACAUACAGGAGUCUCUGUAUUGGAGACAAGCGUUCAACUGCGGGACGUCAGAGCUAUCGUCGGUCGGCCUUGUCUGCAAAUGUAGGACUCCCUCCAAUCCCGAUAAAACAUUAGUAGGCUGCUCCAAUAAGACGUGCGAGGAAUGGAUGCAUUACGAUUGCCUGCUCGACGAUGUUCUCAUCCGAGUGUACGAUCGACUGGGGAUGGAUAUCCCCCACAAGUCGGAAAAGCCGGCCAUCAAGGAGGAGACGAAGGAGGCUACAAAGGAUGAGCCAAAGGAAGGGACAAAGGGAGACCUGCGGUACGGCCUGCUGAGCCCCUCGGUCGAGGGAGAAGACAGAAAGUCGCCGAUAAUCACCAACAGCGAGGCAAAGGAUCAAUUACUCUUGAAGCAGCGAGAUGACGAAUCGUCCAAGGACACAGAAACUCCAACACCGGCACCGCCAAACCCUCGGAUAAGUCUUCAAAAUCAGCCUUGA